CUUGCUCAAUCGUGCUCACCACGAUCAAUCUCUGCCUUCAAGAUGAGAGUUACUUCAGCUAUUUUGGCGUUACCCGCGGCGGCUAGUGCUGCCCAUUUCUCGCGUGCUCAGUAUGAUUCUGGUGAGGUGCACCAGAUGAUCCUGGACAUGAAGAAUGCGCAAUGGGAUGCUCUUGAGGCUGCCGGUGCUCUCAACUCCAGUCAAUGGCCAUCGUGGAAGACUUGGGACAAACUUGAUCGUCGUGUGAAGGGAGAUCGUCUACAGUGCAGAGACGGUCUCGCCGUCGCAGAGGAGAGCAAUCCAAUGCAGACUUUCCGCUGCAACAACAUGGAUCUUCAUGACUUUCUCAACCACGAUGACAUGGGUGGAGGCGAGACGGACCCACAAUACCCAAACCGACGAGGCUCUUCGGUCUGGGGAUGGGUUUCCCCAGAAGGACGUCAGAUUGCUCUCAUUGGUCAGCACACUGGCACAGCAUUUGUUGAGAUCGACGCACGUGGUAAAAUGACAUUCCUUGGAAAACUCCCUUCGCAAGACCCGAUCGGAUCAUCGUGGCGCGAAAUCAGAGUUUUGAACAACUUCGCCAUCAUCGGAUCUGAGGCGGUUGGCCACUACGUCCAGAUCUUCGACUUGAACAAAGUCGCUGCCAUCGAUCCUAAGAACCCUGUCACGUUCAAACGCGAAGAUGUCGAGAGCAUUUUCGACGGUCUUCCUAUUGGCCGCGCCCACAAUAUCGUGAUUGACUGGGACAACGAGUAUGCGAUUGCUGUCGGUGCCCAACCACGCAACCAGACCUGCGCUGCUGGCCUUGAAUACAUCAACUUGGACGACCCUAAGAACCCCACCAAGCCCGGUUGCGCGAGCUCGGACGGCUACACGCACGACGCGCAGUGUGUCAACUACAAUGGUCCUGAUUCCAGAUAUCUUGGUCGCAAUAUCUGUGUUGCCUACAACGAGGACUCCAUCACUAUCUGGGACUCGACUGACAAGGCUAACUCGGAGAUGCUGGGGCGUCUUGAGUAUCCCGGUGCUACUUACACUCACCAGGGAUGGUGGACUGAGCGCAACUGGCACCAGUUCGUCUUGCUGAAUGAUGAGCUUGACGAGGUUCGGGGCGUAGUUGAGGACGGAAUUCCCAUCACACAUAUCAUCGAUUUGACUGACCUUACCGAACCCAAGCACACCGGUACCUUCCAGUGCACUGACCAUAAAGCCGUGGACCACAACCUUUACAUCGAAGAUGGAACCAUGUUCCAGUCUAACUACGGAGCCGGUGUGUGGGUCAAGGAUGUGCGAUCGAUCGCCGAACACCCCGAUGGAAGCCAGGUGAAGACUUUGGCAUUCUUCGAUAUGCACCCAGAAGACGAUGCUACUGGUGGUUCGCUGGACUUUGUCGGGUCAUGGGGAAAUUUCCAAUUCCCUUCCGGUUACAUCGUUGCAAACACUUUUGAGCGCGGUGCAUAUGUGUUGAGAGUCGCGUCAGGCCGAGGCCGGGAUGGUGGUCGCGGGUUUGGCGGCAAGUCCGAGUAG